UUUUAUCUCAAGGUUUCCAGGCAACCGGCUGACGGCUCCGGCCAGAGCGAGAAGCCGCUCGGGAGAGGGGAAGCUGCGCAUGUGCGGGGAGCCCGCCCCUUCCCUUCAUGCUGAGGGGUUGACCAAUGGGGAAAAUUGGAGGACCGGAAGGACUCUGGUGCUCCAGCCAAUCAGAGCACGGGCUUUGUGUGAAUGAAGAUUGCGUUUCACACAGACUAAAACUUCCUUCUGUGUCCAACAUCUGAUAUCAAAAGGGGAGGAUUUUCAGACAAAAAUCUCAAAACAAGCAUUAUGUUAAGAUCUGACAGAGUCGCUUGAUUCAUUGGAAUGCGAAUACUCUCAAGUUUUGAAUCUGGAAGGAGAAAUGUUUAGUCUGUUCUGUCUGCUUCAAAAGAUUUUAAAUGUUGUUGCAACUGGAAAAUCACCGAGACGCACACACACACCUGAGUGAGAGUGUUUCAGUGCACUGACUGUGGAAACAGCUUUAAACAGUUAAACAGCCUGAAUAGACAACACAGUGCAGAGAGACAGUACAAGUAUUCCGUGUGUGUCCGAGGCUUCAACUGAUUGUCAAACCUGGAGAUUCACAAGGACACAAGCACCAUGGAUAAACCAUGGAAAUGUGGAGACUGUGGGAAGCGAUACCGAAUCCCAUCUGAACUGGAAAUUAUUCAUCGCAUUCAUACCGGGGAGAGGCCUUUCACCUGCUCUGAAUGUGGGAAAGGAUUCACAAGGUCAUCCCACCUGCUGAAGCACCAGCGGAUUCACACCGGGGAGAGGCCGUUCACCUGCUCUGAAUGUGGGAAGGGAUUCACUGGCUCAUCCCACCUGCGGACACACCAGCGAGUUCACACUGGGGAGAGACCAUUCACCUGCUCUGAGUGUGGGAAGGGAUUCUCUCAGUCACCCAACCUACUCACACACCAGCGAAUUCACACUGGAGAGAGACCGUUUAGCUGUUCUGUGUGUGGGAACAAAUUCAGUCAGUUAUCCAGCCUGCGGACACACCAGCGAUUUCACACUGGGGAGAGGCCGUUCACCUGCUCUGAGUGUGGAAAGGGAUUCGUUGAGACAUCGAGUCUGCUGACACACCAACGACUUCACACUGGGGAGAGGCCAUUCAUCUGCUCUGAGUGUGGGAAAGGAUUCACUCAGUUAUCCCACCUGCAGAAACACCAGAGAAUUCACACUGGCGAGCGGCCAUUCACCUGCUCUAAACCGUGGAAAUGUGGGGACUGUGGGAAGGGAUUUCGGGCCCCCUCUGAUCUGGAGAUUCAUCGACGCCGUCACACUGGGGAGAGGCCGUUCACUUGCUCCGUGUGCGGCAAGGGAUUCAGUCAGUCAUCCAGCCUGCUGCAGCACCAUGUCACUCACAGCAAUGAGAGACCUUUUAAAUGCUCUGACUGUGGGAGUGCCUUCAAAAGAUCUCAUGACCUGACAGUCCACCAGCGCAUUCACACUGAGGAGAGAUCAUUCAGCUGUUCUCACUGUGGGAAGACAUUUGGAACAUCCUCCAAACUGCUGAUACACCAGCGUGUUCACUCUGGGGAGAGGCCAUUCACCUGCUCCAUCUGUAGAAAGGGAUUCACUCAGUCAAGCGCCCUGUGGACACACAAGCGAGUUCACACCGGGCAGAAGCCGUUCACCUGCUCUGAGUGUGGGAAGGGAUUCAGUGAUUCAUCACACCUGCAGAGACACUGGCGAGUACAUUCUGGGGAGCGGCCGUUCACCUGCUCCGAAUGUGGAAAGGGAUUUACUCAGAUAUCCAACCUGCAGAUCCACCAACGAGUUCACUCUGGGGAGAGGCCAUUUACGUGCUCUGUGUGUGGAAAGAGAUUCACUCAGAUAUCCAACCUGCAGAUCCACCAGCGAGUUCAUACCGGGGAGAGGCCGUUCACCUGCUGUGUGUGUGGAAAGGGAUUCAGUCAUUCAUACACUCUGCAGAAACACAAGUGGGAUCACAUUGGGGGGAGGCCAUUCACCUGCUCUGAGUGUGGGAAGGGAUUCAGCGAUUCAUCCACAUUGCAGACACACAAGCGGGUUCACACAGGAGAGAGGCCAUUCACUUGCUCCCUGUGUGAGAAGGGAUUCACUCAGUUAUCCAACCUGCUGACACACCAGCGAGUUCACACUGGAGAGAGACCGUUCACCUGUUCUGAGUGUGGAAAGAGAUUCACUCAGUCAUCGCACCUGCGGAGACACCAGCGAGUUCACAAGUGAUUCCAGGGGCUGGAUUCUGCUGUUUUGCUGCUGUUAAUCACAUCCAGGAGUGAACCAUGUUCAUCCUGACACUUGGUAAAGUGGGAGGGUCGGAGAGUUUCUUUCUGCUGGACUGGCCGCUCUCAUGACUUUGCUUCCAGUGGGCUGAUGCUCUUUUAGCCUGGGAGUGCACAUUUCUAUUGAAAUGAUCCACAAAAGCUGAUGAAGGACAUUUAUUUCAUCCUGGUCAGUAAAUAGUAUCUUCCCAAACAAUACAGGUGGAUCUAAAAUUUGUCUGUUCCAUUGAGUCUACAGCACAGGGCCAGGCCAGUCAGCUCAAUUGGUCUCUGUCAGCAUUUAUGUUCCACAUGAGUCUCCACCCAUCCCUCUUCAUCUCCC